AUGCUCACCAACAGCGAAGGUGUGUGCACUUCCGGAGUCCAUGGCUUCCUACACCGAACCAUCAAAAUGCUCGAGCUGGGUAUCCGGCCCAUCUUCGUGUUUGACGGCCACCCCCCUGCUAUGAAAUACGACUGCCUCAAGGAGAGGCGCGUACAAGCCACUAAGUAUAAGAAAACUGCGUCAUCUCCCGCGGAAACGUCCAUGCCGGCCUCAGAGGCUCCCUCCAGGUCGGUCCCAAUGGAGAUUGACAUCGAUCGUAGAUUGAAACGCCUGGUAGUUCACCCGCCCCUACUAACCCACCGAGCCAGCACUCUCAUUGCCGCACCUCAGGCGGAGGCGACCUGUGUCCGUUUGUGCAAGGAAGGCAAGGCCGAUGCCGUCUCAACAGAGGACAUCGAUGCAGUCGUGUUCGGUGCUCCGAUAGUCCUCAAAAAUCUGUCCAAUACAUUGCAUCAUUCUCGAUCGAUGGAGGUCCCCAAUAACUACGUUCGAGAGAUAUCACGAGACGUGGUUCUUGACAGUCUGAGUCUGACCGCUGAGGGCUUGGCUGAGCUGGCCAUUCUCUGUGGCUGUGACUACUGCCCGAGCAUCCCCAAGAUCGGUCCCACUCGAGCCUAUGGCCUCCUCCUCAAGCACGGCAGCAUCACGUCCAUCAUCACCGCUAUAGAGGGUUCGAAGACCUACAAAGCACCAUCCGGUUGGGCGUACCGAGAAGCGAGAGAACUUUUCCUCAAUCCGCUCACCACUGAUGAAAUUUUUCCCCGAUCAAAGAUGAACGUGGAUGCUCUCGCUGACCUCCUUGUGCAUCGGUUGGACUACAACCCGGCUCGCGUCGAUAACAUUAAAAACAGACUCGAUCGCAUCGGAGGCACCGCCACCCAGACGGCCGAAC